UUGUGAGAGAAGAGUGCGCCCCGCGCCCCGCCAAGCCUCCGUGCAGCGAGAGAGAUUUUGGCCGCAGAGUGCCCGCAAGAACGACAAGACCGCCAUGAGCAAGCUCUACGUGGGCAACUUGCCGCAGGACGCCAGCGAGCAGGCGCUGCGGCAGCUGCUGGACGACAACGGCGUCUCGUGCGGGGCGAUCCUGGUGAAGCGCGGUGGCUACGCGUUCAUCGACUGCCCCGACCAGUCCGCGGCCGACAAAGCCAUCGACAAACUCAACGGCUCCAUGUUCAUGGGAUCCAGCCUCGUCGUGGAGCCCUCUGUCGCUGGCGGCACUAAGAGGAGAACUCCUGAAGACAACGGCGAGGAGCAUCGCAAUGGCUGGAGGGACCGUGGCGACGCCGACGGCCGGCGGUUUGCUGCCCCGCACCCUCACGAGGACGACGACGACGGCGAGGAGCAGCUGGACGGCGUCCGCGGCCGCACGGCGUCCAAAAUCAUCGUGGGCAACGUCCCCAACAACGUGCAUCCGCCGGACUUGGAAGGACUCCUCAGCCAGUUCGGCCACAUCGUGAGCAUCGAGAAGAUCAACACCAGGGACGGCUCCGUUCAGACCGUGGCUGUGGUCUUCGAGUCCCCCGAGUGCGCCCAACAGGCGUGCACCGACCUCAACGGUUAUGAAUACGAAGGCAACUUCAUUAAAGUAGAAAUGGCAAUGGAACGCCGAAACAGGAACAGGUCUUCUCGUGGUCCCGGUGGCAUGGCCUUCCAGGGCCCCCCUGGGGCUUCACGCCAGACAGACUUCCCCCUCCGGAUUCUCGUCCAGAGCGACAUGGUCGGCGCUAUCAUUGGCCGCCAGGGCACCACCAUCCGCCAGAUUACCCAGCAGACGAGAGCGAGAGUGGAUGUCCACCGUAAAGACAAUGUUGGCUCCCUUGAGAAGGCUAUCACAAUUUACGGAAACCCAGAUAACUGUACCAAUGCCUGCAAAAAGAUCCUGGAGGUCAUGCAGCAAGAGGCCACCAAUACCAACAAGGGAGAAAUCACCUUGAAAGUUCUAGCACACAACAAUCUUAUUGGCCGUAUUAUUGGCAAAGGUGGCAACACAAUCAAGCGUAUUAUGCAAGAGACCGACACCAAAAUCACCGUUUCCAGUAUUAAUGAUGUAAGCAGUUUUAACAUGGAACGGAUAAUCACAGUGAAAGGCUCAAUUGAGAAUAUGUCUCGCGCCGAAUCAAUGGUCAGCUCCAAACUGAGACAGAGCUACGAGAAUGAUCUUCAGGCCAUGGCUCCUCAAAGUAUGAUGUUCCCUGGACUCCAUCCUAUGGCCAUGAUGUCUACCUCCAAUAUGAACUACUCAUCAAGAGGAAGUGGUGGUUUCCCCGGCGCUCCUUAUGGUUCUGGCCCUGCUGGAUACCAGGGAAUGUACCCGCCUGGUGGUGCAAUUCCUCCCACUGGUGGCCCACCUGGCAUUCCUGGCGGUCCCAACGAUGCUCAGGAAACCACUUUCCUGUAUAUCCCUAAUAAUGCUGUAGGCGCAAUCAUUGGAACUAAGGGUACACACAUCAGGAAUAUAAUUAGAUUCUCUGGUGCCUCAGUUAAGAUUGCCCCCAUCGAAAAUGACAAACAAACCCCACCCCCUCCCCCACCACCACCACCACAGAAUGCUCAGAAUGCAGGGGAACCCCAGCCCCCUCAGGCUGAACGUAAAGUAACCAUCAUUGGUAACCCAGAGUCUCAGUGGAAGGCACAGUACCUGAUUUUCGAGAAGAUGAGAGAAGAAGGCUAUGUUGCUGGAUCUGAGGAUGUGCGUCUCACAGUUGAAAUCCUGGUUCCAUCAGGACAGGUUGGCCGCAUCAUUGGCAAGGGAGGCCAGAAUGUUAGGGAACUCCAGCGUGUCACUGGCUCCAUCAUCAAGCUCCCAGAACAAGGAUCUCUUCCUCAGGAGGAGGUUGAAACUACUGUCCAUAUUAUUGGACCAUUCUUCUCAGUGCAGUCGGCGCAGCGCCGCAUCCGUGCCAUGGUGCAGACCGUCGCUCCCCCCGCGCAAACCGGUGGGCGACCACCCCGACGCGAAGGCGGCGGCAGCCAUAGAGGAAGCAACGACCAGCAGUAGAGGAAGACGAGGACGAGGACGAGGACGAGGAGGAGAGGAGUGGCUGGUCCGCGCAGCGCCGCGCCGCGCCGCGCAGGCCGUGUCGCGAUGCGCGUGUGGCGUGCGGCCCCUCCCCUGGCCCUGGACUUACCUCGCCACUCGCAUCGCCCGCACGCGCCUGGCCGCGCCUGGCGCCUGGCCGCCAAGUGCCUGGCCGCCUAGUGAUGUGCCGCAUCGAGCAUCGAGUCGCACACCGCUCUCUGACAGAAGCUAAACCUACUAAGUGACAACGUAUUACCUCAACAAGCCACCACCAUACCAAAGAUGUGAUACUGUGUCCAGUGUGGCCGGGCGGGGAGAGCCACCGGCUUGACUUUGCGACGAUUUUAGUUUCUCUUUGUUGGUUUGUAAUUUUUUUUUUAUUUAUGAUUUUUUUGUAUGAUGAAUUUGAAGACACUUAAAAGGGAGCGAACGUCGCGGAUGGAGCCGCCAGUGGUUGGUGAAUCUAGUGUCUGUGUAGAGAUGCGGAAUGGACGGCUGAUUAUUUUUUGUUUGGGGCGUAGUGGACAAAUAAAAGUAGCUGUGGCCCAAAGAGUCUCAAGCUCGAGAAUAAUGUGCCAAAAUGGGAUUAGAGUUUUAAGGAGAAAGGAGCUGUUAACAGGGUUAGUUGCUGCAGGAGCAACAAAACAGACCAUCUGGUGAUUGUUCCUGAUGGGGGCAUCUGUUGCCUUGUGGAGAGAAUGGGAAUAUUAUUCGAUAUGGCAGGAUUUCAUUAGAUGAAUGAAACUGAAGAAUCGGGCACAGGGUGCGUGCCGUCAGCCUGUGUAGAUUAGAUUAGUGAUAUGCUGGUGCACGCUACAUCCUUCUGGAAUCCUGCCUCUGGAAUUUUCAUGUCCCAGUCUCUCUUCAAGCCUGGCAUGGCUUGGCCUUGUAUUUGUCGACUAUGCCUAAUUAAUAUAUUUUGACUUUGGCUUUGUAACUGCAGCAUGGUAUGAGUGCUGUGCCACAAUUGCCCUCUGCUGUUGAGUGAAACUUGUAGACGGAGUAAGUACCACCGAACGUUCAAAUGUUCAGUCAUAAAGUGCGUUCUAAGAGAUUUUAAAAUAAAGUGUAUAAUGUGUCUCAGGGUACAAUGAGGCUGAAGGAGGUGAUUGAGUCGUUUAGUUAGUACAAAAACUUAAGAUAUUUUAAAAAUAUUGACAAUUUUUUUAGAGAAAUGGAAAAGGGAUUGCUCUGAUUCUGAUGAUCUAGCAUUCCCUUUUCAGUAUGUAAAGUUAUACGGAAAGAAGUUUAUUUUUGAUACUUUGUUGGAGAAAAUUUUUUUUUGUUAGAUUUUUUUUUUAAUAUAUUACAAAAAAAGGUUAAAAAAUUUUAAUGGCACAUAGCGUUUUUUUGGCUAUGUGGAAAAAUGGAGAAAUGACUUAACUCACACAUAGGAUCAAAACAGGUGAAGCCGAGCUAGUUGGAGUAUUUGGUCAAUGACCAUUCAAGGAAAACCAUAUCAGUAGUUCAAAGCCAGCCGGCCCAAACCAAACGCUAUAGCCUUUGAAUUGAAUCACAAUUCUUUCAUUCAUUAGUUUUUUUUCUUGUCAAACUUUUGGUUCAAAUUAAUUUGAGAACUGCUGAAUCAUUUCAUUGUUUCCUAAAGCAAUUUCAUGGAUUGCUUUCCAAAACAAUAAUUUGAAGCAUUUCAUACAGACUAGACUGCUGUCAAGCCUCUUGUUUGUUACAAAAUGUUCAAACCCUCCAAAGCAAAAGAUGCUAAGUUUUUUGAAAGCUCACAUGCAACGCACGCUAAGAGAAAUGUGCAUGAAGUCUUACUGUCUUAAAUCUUACGGAUUCAGACUGAUGAUGCAAACCUAGGUGGAUACUAAACCAUACUACAGAUAUUUAUCUGGAUACAUGUUGAAAAAAAAGUGUUCCCAUGAGUUAAAUGUCCUUGAUAGAAUCACUCAUUUGGAACAGCUCUUGGUACUCUUGUAAGUGCCUAUGAUUAUAACCGACCGAUGACAAGUCCCGCCUGAUAUCUCUCUCACUGCUCUUCUAAACGGGUGUGGCGUUUCCUAAACAGAAGUCUGGUUGAUUCUUGUUCCAAUGUUUAUGAAUGUUGUUUUCAGAUGUUUAUUCAUGAAUGAGAGCAUAUUUUGUUGUUAUUGCUGUGUACACUAAAGCAUAAUUAGAUGAACUAUUGUAUUUUUUGUGCAUGUGUGUGCGAGUGAAUGUGAUGUGUGAAUUUCUCAGGACCGCUGUUGAUUAUGCCGUUAAGUUAUUCCUGAGGAGUUGUGAAUUCCCAAGGAAGUCCUCUCCUUUCCGUUAUCUUCUGUUUCAAAUCAGGAAACGCAGAAUCUUUCAUGGAAAAAAUAAUGAUGUUAUAGUAUUAUUGAGCUUGAGGAGUAUCAGAGUGGGAUGCAAUGAUGCGUUGAAGCGCACCAGAAUCCCCCUAUAAAUACAACAGCUUCUGUCUUAGAUUAUGCUAAGGAAAUCAUUAAGCCGACUACGGCCGGCCGGAGCAACGUUAAGGGUGCAGGACAUGGCUCUGCUAUGUCUUCAACACACUACCUCAUAAUUAAAUAAUUCUCUUAUUUGAAGGAAACCCACAAAUCAGAAAAUUACAAAAAGACAAAAAAAAAAAUUGUAAUAGUUUAUAUGAACAGGGACAGCAGAGCAUAGUACAUACAUUGUAUACACCUGACCCAUGAAAUGAAUCAAAUCCAUAGCUGUUGUGGAUUGAGUUGUAAUACUAGCAUAAAUGAUCACAUUGCCCUUUUUUGGUUGUUUCAUGUAGAUUUGUGUCAAUGUGGAGCUUGCAAAAAAGCCUAUAAUCACUCCUUAUCUUUGAUGUUGUAGAUUUUGAUGUCCACUGCAUGUGUGUACCUUAGAAAUGUUUGUGAAAUUAUUUCAGAAAUUUCUAACUCUAGAGGAUCAUUUGGAGGUUUCUGUAGUGCAGAGUGUUUCUCAGAACACUCCUGCUGCCCAUUUUUCUGCCUUUUUCCUUCAAUUACUAUAUCAACAGAUUGUAUUUUGAGUUGCUAAGAAAACUCCUCUACAACGGUUGGUAUCAUAACAGGUCCAUUGUAUUUGAUUAUUCAAUGACAAAACACAUGGUAAAAUCUUGUGUUUCGUCCUUUUUGAAAAAUGAACUUCUUGAAGUGGAAAUUAAUUUGGCUUUCAUGAACUUGUCACUGAAUGAAUUGAGUUUAUCAAUUGAUGAAUGAACUCUGUCUGUUAUGAUGCCAGCCACAUGAUUUUGUUUUACCAAGGUAGUAAUUAAUAAUGUAUUUCAUGCAAAAGUAUAGUAAUCAUAGACAUUGCCCAUUGUUGGUUCUCAACUGUAAAAAUACUACGCCUAGUAAUUUUUUUCUGGGUUCUGUUAAGCAUAUUACUAUAAAUACGGUAGAUUUUGGAGCGUUUAACUUAACUGCAUCAGCAUCAAGACUACUACUGGAGUGAUGAGUAAGUUAACUAAUGUUAGAGCAGUAAGUGCAGCCCGCAGUGUCUCAAAAUGUCAGGCUGGUUGAAUGGUUCUUUUUUUUUGUUGUUUUGAAAAGACUGCUGAAAUAGGGCUUCUUUUUUGUAUUUUCUUGGAUGUGCACAAAUUUGUGAAACGUUAAAAUGUAAGUAAAUUAGAAUCAUUUGGUGUGCAGGGCCUGCAGGAGAGAUGUUUAAAUCAGUGUUUGAUUUUUAUUGAAAAUCAAUUUUUAUCAUUCCUGUUUUUUCCUUGCUUUAAUCAUGUAGAACAUGUGUAUUGAACAUGCUUUAAUCAAUGGAUAUUGCUUUCAAUUCACAUAUUUAAAUGGAACAUGUAAUGGAGUGCUUUAGAUUUGGUGUAUAGUUAUAAUUUGGAAGUUUUUCCAAUAGAAUGUCCUACUUUACUCCUGCAGAGCCUCUAAAAUUUGAUUUGCUAUCAUGAUGUAUCUUCCUUCCUUUCUUUGUGUAUGUCCUCUCUCAGGUAGUUAAAUGAUACCUCAUAUUACACAGCAUUCGAGCAGUUGGCACGGCUCCACAACACAGUGCGCCUGGGCUAAGCGAGGCUGGCCACACCGUUCAAUCAUAACAGUUCAUAUAACUUGUAUAAUAUGAUGGUCCAUGAAACAGCAUGCAUUCUCCUUUUUCUACCAUGAGAAAUAAAUUAUUCUAGUUAAUGAA